AUGACUCAGAAUAUAGAAGCUACCUCCUUAGAGACAGCUGCUUCUACUAUUGUAUGUGUGUUUUGCGGCUCUUCCUCUGGAAAUAAGCCCAUUUUCACUGAAUCAGCAAAGCAACUCGGUGUUAAACUAGCAUCCAAAUCAUGGGGAUUAGUUUAUGGUGGAGGAUCUACUGGAUUAAUGGGUGCAGUGGCUAACGGAUGUGCCGGCAAUGGUGGUUAUGUCCACGGAAUCAUUCCCGAGGCGUUAAUCUCUAGGGAAAGAAAAGAUGACAUUGAGCCUAAAGCAAAAGAAUCUAUUGAUGAUCAUGACGGCAGCACACCUAUCCCUGAUUCCGAAAAGUAUGGCAAAACUACUCUAGUCAAAGAUAUGCAUACGAGAAAGAAGUUAAUGGCACAAGAAGCUACUGCGUUUGUUGCACUACCUGGAGGAUACGGUACCAUUGAAGAAUUGAUGGAGAUUGUUACUUGGAAUCAACUCAACAUUCACAAUAAACCAAUUGUAGUGUUUAACAUUGAUGGGUAUUUCGAUAGUUUUGUCACCUUUAUCAAGAAUAGCAUAUCUUGUGGAUUUGUUUCGAGUAAAAAUGGUGAGAUUAUCCAGAUUGCAGAUUCUGUUGAUGGAGUCAUUGAAGCAAUUACCAAUUACCAAGUGCCUGAAGGCAGGUUCAAGUUGAAAUGGGAUACCACUUGA